ACAUUUAAAUUAUUAAUUUUAAAAAUGCAGGAGGUUGAAGGACUUGUUGGGCAGUAUCAUAAAGAUGCUAAAAACAAUAAUGGCGAAACUGCUUACCAAGUUUUUGCUAGAGAGCACAAGGGUUUGCUUAAAGAAGCAGAGGAUUGGAUGAAAGGAUUAGCAAAUUCAUAUAUAAUUGUUGGCGCUCUCAUUAUCACCAUAAUGUUCGCAGCAGCUUUCACCCUUCCUGGGGGUAACAAUCAGAAUGAGGGCUCUCCAAUGUUAUACAUAAUAUCCGAUGCAAUCUCUCUUUUUGCUGCAACGGCCUCAGUAUUAAUAUUUUUGGGAUUUCUCACGGCACGUUACAACAUGGAAGAUUUCCACAAAUCUAUUCCUAAUAAGUUGAUGGGUGGGCUUUCUACAUUGUUUAUAUCUCUUGCAGCAAUGAUGGUAGCAUUUUGCUCGGCUAUCUUUCUCAUGCUAGAAGACCGAUCGUGGAUUAUCAUUCCAUCUGUGUUGCUUGCAGGCGUUCCAGUCAGCUUGUUUGCGUGGUUGCAGUUUCCUUUGCUGGUUGAAAUUUGUGUUUUGACUUACAGAUCACCAAUUUUCAAGGAGAAAACAUCCUUGGCAAGCAAAAUAAAAGCGCUCUUCUGUUGGAAAGAGAAGAUUGAGUAGGUCUAGAUGAGGCUUUGUUUUAUGUUUGUCUUUGUUGCUACUCCGACUACAGAAACUUCUAAGGUCACCUUGUUAUGCUUGAGUAGAUCCAGAUGAGUCUUUGUUUGACUUAUGUUUUAUGCUUUGUUGCAAGUGAACUUUAAUUUUAUGUCCACUUUUGUUAUGGAACAGAAUUCUUGUGGUGUCUAAUUUUUCUGAGUUCAUAUUAGGAAAUUGGUGUUUGAUGUUGGGUGUAUGGCACUUUUUUUUUUUUUCUUAAAAAGGGGUUCGUGGUGCUUAGCUUUUGCUCUUCAAACGUCAGUUCUGCAAAACUAAACUAGUGAUGAGGCAAAAGAAAACGCAGUCAAAAAUGUUGAAGAAAUAAUAACUGUAACUAUCAAAUAUAGGAUAUCAACUAGCUCUCAAAUGUUCUUUAACAAUUAAACCAAACAAGACUAUAUUACCAUUUUACCUUUUGAUUUACAUAACAUUGCAUGCCACUGCCAAUCCUCAAUCCUUGCUUAUUAGUGAGCAUAUACAUAAAUUAAUGGAGCAUACAAACGUAUAGUAGGCUUCUGUCCUAGUGCUACUCAUCCAAUUUGAUACAUCAAAUGCUUUAGAUAUGUAUAUGCUUGCUAUCAUCGAAACUUCUAUUGAUUGUUAUCCUUUUGUUGGCAUCUCCAAUGUCCA